AUAAUUUUUUCAUCUGCUUCUGUCCAUACGCACUUUGGAUGGAUGGGAUAAAGCACUUACUUACCCUUCUGAGUAAACAACAAUAAAUUAGCAAAAGAAAAGCAUAUUGAAGGACGUACUACUUAUAGAGAAAGCUACAAAACACAAGAAACAGAGAAUUUAAAGUUGGAUCAAUAUCUUGAAAGAGAGAGAGAAGAGAUGGCAUCAUCGUCUUCAUCAGGUUGGAAAAACAGCACUACUGGUAAGAGCAGUAGUAAGACACCAUGCUGCACCAAGGUAGGAUUAAAGAGAGGUCCAUGGACACCAGAUGAAGAUGAGAUUUUAUCAAAUUAUGUACAGAAAGAAGGAGAAGGUAGGUGGAGAACUUUACCUAAACGUGCAGGUCUUCUUCGUUGCGGUAAAAGUUGUCGUCUUCGUUGGAUGAAUUAUCUCCGUCCUUCUGUUAAACGCGGUCAAAUCGGUGAAGAUGAAGAAGAUCUUAUUCUUCGUCUUCAUCGUCUUCUUGGUAACAGGUGGUCUUUGAUUGCUGGAAGAAUUCCUGGUCGAACCGAUAAUGAAAUCAAGAAUUACUGGAAUACACAUCUAAGUAAGAAACUUAUCAGUCAAGGGAUAGAUCCAAGAACACAUAAACCGUUGAUGAACCCUAACCCUAAUAAUCAUUAUCACGAACCACCACCUCCUCUCUUUGAACCCACUUCAAUUUCAAACCCUAAAUUUAUUCACCCGGGUCAUGAUGACUCUAGUACUUCUGCUAUAUCUUCACUUGAAAUGAGUUUCGGUGAAGCUAUUGAUGAUAAAGGAAAUGACAAUAAUCGUCACGAGUAUCUCAAAGGAAUUACUACCCUGAAUGCUGAUCAGAAUCAUUAUAAUUUGGAAAACUCUGAUGGGUUUAUAAUGGGCUUUAGGGACAUGGAAGAGGAUCUCCAUCACCAUCCAGAAUUCAACAACGAUGACGUGUUUUCGUCGUUUUUUAAUUCCCUGAUCAAUGAUGAUGUGUAUGUUCAUCAACAUCAACAACCACAACAACAUCCCACAACUGCCAAAAAUCAGGUUCCUCUUCUUGAUUAUACUACGCCUGUAGAUUCAUCAUCAACACAAAGUUUUGGAUACAGUGAUGUCAUAAUGGAAUCUGCAUACUCUUCUCCUAAUAUUACAAAUGGUAAUGCUUUCCAAGAGAUGUUGGGUUGAUGUUGAUCAAGAUACAAAAACUAUAUAGUAUGCUUCCUCUGUCGACCAAACAAUAUAUGAAAAGAGUAUAUAUCAAGAUUGAAGGAUUUUGAUUGUUUUUGCAUGCAAGUAUGUUUCUCUUAAUUCUUACUUGCUCUUAUUUUCUAUCUUAAAGACAACACGCUGCUUCCAUUUUCCAGACAUGGUAGUAUAAUAAUAUAAUGAAAUAUCAGUUAAUGUAUUUAAUCAAAAACUAGACUUGUAUGAUCAAUACCUAAUUCUAGUUCUUUCACAUAUCCAUCGUUUCAUUUUAUGCGUCUAUAUAGUCUGACAUAUAUUAUGUGAUUUUGGUCCUCCAUGCUUGAAUAGAUUAAUUUGUAUUCUAAGUUCUAUUUGUACAUUU